GCUCUAUUUCUAGAGACAGCUGCUGCUGACCCUGUGACCCAAAGAACAAAAUAGCUGGCUAAACUCAUUCUUAGUAUUGAUGGACACCAUGUCCUUGAAGAUUCAGACCAGCAAUGUAACCAACAAGAAUGACCCUAAGUCCAUCAACUCUCGGGUCUUCAUUGGAAACCUAAACACAGCUGUGGUAAAGAAGUCAGAUGUAGAGUCCAUCUUUUCCAAGUAUGGCCGUGUGGCCGGCUGUUCUGUGCACAAAGGCUAUGCUUUUGUCCAGUAUGCCAACGAGCGCCAUGCCCGGGCAGCUGUGCUGGGAGAAAAUGGGCGGGUGCUGGCUGGACAGAUCCUGGACAUCAACUUGGCUGGAGAGCCCAAGCCUAAUAGACCCAAGGGGCUAAAGAGAGCAGCAACUGCCAUAUACAGUGGCUACAGCUUUGACUAUGAUUACUACCAAGACUACUUCUGUGCCAGGCUGUUUGAUUAUCGAGGCCGCCUUUCUCCAGUGCCUGUGCCCAGGGCAGUUCCAGUGAAUCGACCCUGUGUUACAGUUCCUUUGGUUCGCCGUGUCAAAAUUAUCAUACCUGUCAAGCUCUUUGCCCGUUCCACAGCCAUCACUACUGGCUCAGCCAAAAUCAAGUUGAAGAGCAGUGAGCUACAGACCAUCAAAACAGAGCUGACACAGAUCAAGUCCAACAUCAAUGCCCUGUUGGGUCGCUUGGAACAGAUUGCUGAGGAACAGAAGGUCAACCCAGAUGGCAAGAAGAAGGGUGACAGCAGCAGCAGUGGUGGAGGAGGGGGCAGCAGUGGCAAUGUUAGUGGUGGCAGCGAUGGUGGUGGCAGUGGGAGCUGCAACAGCAGCAGCCGGCCACCAGCCUCCCAAGAAGACACGACUUCUGAGGCAGGCACACCCCAAGAAGUCCAAACCCGAGAUGAUGGUGAUGAGGAGGGACUGCUAACACAUAGUGAGGAGGAGCUGGAGCACAGCCAGGACACAGAUGCAGAAGAUGGGGCCUUGCAGUAAGCAGCUUAACAGGAACAUUGGCCACCAACAGAAAGGCAUCACUGUCUCAGGCCUCAAGCCAGGCCCCCAUCUCUGGAUGCCAGUCUAUAGUGGGUACCAGAGGAAAGCUGGCAGCAGUAACUCCUCUCCCCAUGCAUCCUAGCCAAUGAGUGCUACAUCCUUUGCAAGUGGAGUUACCGGCCUACCCUUACCCCAUGCACUCUUCCUGUCUGCACUGCCUGGGCCAAGGGGCAGAAACACUCUGCUUUUCUUCCCCAGGACAUUCCCAGGCUUGGGGUUUUUCUAUAGGUUUGAAAGUAAGGGGGGGUUAGUAUGGGUGGGGGAAACCUGACAAUAAAGAGAUUGGAU